ACUUGCGGAGGAGGACAACUUCUUCUAGAUUCCUCCCAGAAAACUGCUGAAAGGCGACGGCUAUAACUCCAAACCCCUCCCCACAACCAGGACUGUGAUAUAGACAACAACAACAACGUGAGCCUGUACCGAGGAUUGUUUUUUAUUUCUUUUCUUUUAUCUCCUGGAAGAUAAACGGACUGAUGUGAUGCGUGAGGAACCCCGCAGCAGCCCAAAGAAACUCCCCUUGAUACUGACUCUGACUGUCAAGUUAGCCCGGCUAGCCUAGCUGCUAAUGCUAAGGCUAAGGCUAAGUCAGUGAAAGCAGCGUCUUCAAUGCUAACGUCCGCUGCUAGUAGUAGGGCUCCGUUGUAAAGAAACAUACACACAAAAAGAGGAUUUUGCUUUACUGCUUUUUAUUAUCUCCAAGGAGACAGGUAUGGCAUUUUGUUCCCACUCGAUAAGCGAACUGAGAAAACAUUUAAAGACCUGGGUGAUAAGUUUGUGAGCACUCACUAGCCUAGCCUAGCUUAGCUUUAGCUUUAGCUUAGCUUUGGUACAGCGCCAGAAAGCGUUGGCCAGGCUGGUUAGCGCUUAGCUUAGCGAGCUAACGAGCUAGCCAAUUAGCAUUUUAGUUGCACAAGAAGAACCUGCUAAUCCCUGCCUCACAGUUCAUCCCGGCUGAGUGUUUUUUUGAGUGUGAAGCCUCUGUAUUAAGUAGUUAACAUAGACAAAGUGAAGAGAGGAGAUAGGAGGAGAUUUAGUGUAUUUGACCAUGCAUGUGUUGUAACUCAGGGGUGUUUCUCUUUUAGGUCUUAUAGGUGUUCUUCUCUCUCUGCAGAGGGGAGUGGUGGUGAAACGUCAGGUAGCUAAAGCAGAAGGUUUCCCCCCAUGUAUCAGGGGGGCAACAAGGUCACUCAGAUUAUUAUUAUGGCUAUAUGAAAUGAUGACUAUGUUAAUUACAGGUGACAUGUUAUUAAGAAACACCAAAUGUGUGUCUGUGCAGGAUUGACUGCAAGGCAAGACAAGACUAUUAAACACUGCAAAGAAGCAAAGAAAAGCGUGCUUCAAUUUGCUUUUGAUAAGUCAGCAUUAUUGAUAGUUUCCUGGAUUGGUAACUAAUCUGAAUUGAGCAGUAGUGACUGAUUAUUUGACGUGAACCAGUUGCUAUCUUUAGGAGAUUAUUGGUGGUAGAGGUGGUGGUAAGGGGGCUAAAGAUAUAUAAGUCUGGUGGCUGAUUGAGCUCCCCCUUUCCCUUUUUUUUGCUCCACAGAGCUGGAGUAGUUUGAUGGACGUGGGGGGCUGUUUGCCAGACUGUCCCAGCUAUACUCAGUCAUGUAUGUCUUGACACACGGCACCUUGGUCUGUACAUAGUGCCUGCUGUCAGAUAUAAGUGUCGUUAUGUAGUUUUUUUGGUGGACAAGCAAGCGAAGGGGAAUGUCUUGUCUUUUUUUUUACACCUGUCAGUUUGUUUUUUAUUUUCAUUUUUUUCCAAACACAGGAAAGUCUUGUUGAAUCGAAAAGUGGGAAAGAAAGUGGUGCAGUGGACAAUGUUUAUUAGUUAGUGCCUAGAAGCUUUUGGAAGACUAAUAACAACCCUGCCUGCCUACACACAGGCAUUAGAUAUUGUAGAUUAUAAUUUUUUUUGGGAGGAUUGAAACAUAAGCCUGCCACUCUGGAUCAAGAAGACUUGUCCCUCGUGUCUGGUUGGAGUAACACUCUCAAGCCAAAAUCAAUGCCUUCAGCGUUGGCUGUGUUCGCCUGCCGACCCAACUCGCAUCCAUUCCAGGAGCGGCAUGUGUACCUGGAUGAGCCGGUCAAGAUCGGCAGGUCGGUGGCUCGCUGUCGGCCUGCCCAGAACAAUGCCACCUUCGACUGCAAGGUCCUGUCCAGGAAUCAUGCCCUCGUCUGGUUCGACCACAAGACCUGCAAGUUCUACCUGCAGGACACUAAAAGCAGCAACGGGACGUUCAUCAACAGCCAGAGGUUGAGUCGUGGCUCAGAAGAGAGUCCGCCCUGUGAAGUCCUCUCCGGAGACAUCAUCCAGUUCGGCGUUGACGUCACUGAGAACACACGUAAAGUCACUCAUGGCUGCAUCGUGUCAACAAUCAAACUCUUCCUACCUGAUGGGAUGGAGGCACGCCGACGAAGCGAUGUCAUCCAGGCUCCGUUACCACUACCUGUAGACAAGGUUGCAGCCAACACUCCCAGUAUGUAUUCUCAGGAACUGUUCCAGCUCUCCCAGUAUCUACAGGAGGCCUUACACCGAGAGCAGAUGUUGGAGCAGAAGUUAGCCACUCUGCAGCGUCUGUUAACCACCACUCAGGAGGCCUCAGAGAGCAGCUGGCAGGCUUUGAUUGAUGAAGACCGUUUGCUCUCCAGACUGGAGGUGAUGGGGAGUCAGCUACAGGCUUACUCCAAGUCUCAGACGGAGGAAGGGAUUCGUAAGGAGCUCUUGGCUCUGCAGGAGGACAAACACAACUACGAGACGACGGCGAAGGAGUCCCUGAGGAGAGUCCUGCAGGAGAAGAUCGAGGUGGUCAGGAAGCUGUCGGAGGUGGAGCGCUCGCUCAGUAACACAGAGGACGAGUGCACCCAUCUGAAGGAGAUGUCUGAGAGGGGCCAGGACGAGCUGAGGGAGCUCGCCAACAAGUACAACGCUGCUGUCAACGAGAUCAAAGAGCUCACUGACAAAAUUAAGGCAGCAGAGGGCCGGCAGGAGGAGCUGACUCAGCGGGGAGCGACGGAGAAGAGAGAGAUGGAACUGCGGAUCGAGGAGAUGGAGGAGAAGGAGCAGGUUCUCCAGGCUCGCAUUGAGGCUCUGCAGGCCGACAACGACUUCACCAAUGAGAGACUUGCCGCUCUGCAGGUGCGGUUAGAGCAGCUACAAGAGAAAAGCAUUAAAGAAAACAACAGUCUGGAUAUCGACAAUGUCUCCCACGGACCGGUAGAGGAGCCUGUCGAGGACAAACAGAGCCUGCAGAAACCUGAGAGCCAGGAGGAUGACGAGGAUGAGGAGGAUACAGACACUGAUGAUGGUGCAGUUGGGGAAGAUGAAGCUACUGAUGACAACUGUCAUGUUAACAGCGGAGGAGACUCGACUAGAAUCCAACAGUUGAUUGAGUGUCCGCCUGUCAAACAGCUGAAGGAAACUGUAAGUUCUUCAAUCCACAAACUGGCCAACUUUGAUGAAGUGAUGGAUGCUCAUCUACAGAACAACCAGUCAGCAGAAGACGACAUCCUGGCCAGCCCUGAUCGACUCAAAGGGAAUCAGAUGGAUGCCAAAGAGUCAGACAUGUCAGACACGCUGAGUCCCAGCAAAGACCGCAGCAGUGACGACACGUCAGACGGCAACAUGGACGACCAGGAUCUGAAUGAACCACAGAACAGAGUAGCUCUACUUAAAGCUGAGUUACAUCGGGCGGGUCUAGAGCCUGGAGACACGGAGCAGGUCAUCCACCAUCUCCACAGAGAGCUUCUGGAGGCCCAGGACUUAGCCAACACCGGCAAGCAGAAAUGUCUGGAGCUACAAGCUCUGCUGGAGGAUGAGAGGAGGAGUAACUCUCAGCAGACUGAAGAGUCGACCAAACAGAUCCAGUACCUGCAGACUCAGCUCGGGAAGCUGCAGGCUGACAUGGAGGCACUGAGGGAGCAGAGGGAGAGCACCAUCUGCAGCACCAGAGAUGAGCUGUACUCUGCACAGGAGGAGAUUCUCGUUCUGAGGCACGCCAUGGAGGCAGCCACUGCGGAGCGUGAGCGUGAGAUCGCCGCCCUGCAGGCCGAUCUGGGCAUCGUGCGAACUGAGCUGGAGCACUGGAGGAGCACGGCCGCCAAGUACGAGGAGGAGAUCAGCCGGCUGCAGGAGGCCUUCACACAGCAGCAACAGCAGGAACACACUGCCAACCAGCUGCAGACGGAGUGUAGUGCGCUGCAGCAGCGGUGUUUGUGUUUGCAGCAGGACUGUGACGGCCUGAGAGCUGAAAGGAAAACUCUUCUGGAAAAACUGCACCGCCUGGAGACUGAGCUGAGCAGCACCAGGGAGCAGAGUGAGGUCCUCAGCAACAGUCUGGAUUCUCUGGAGAAGAGGAAGGACGUUCUGCAGGACCAAUUGGGUUCGUUGGAGAACCAACACCUACAGGACGAAAGCAGGCUGAUGAGCCAGCUGGACCAGGCCCAGGCCCGCACACACACACUGCAGAAAGAGUAUGAAGACACACAGUCUCAGCUGUUGGACCUCCGUCAGCGCUAUGAGAAAACAGAGCAGGAGAAGCUGAACAUCCACCAGGAGCUGGAGCAGUGCAGGAGCAGCCUGAAGUUGCUGCAGGACAAGACCAGCUCCCCAUCCAUAUUGCAGCCUGUCCAAGCCAUAUUCAUGGGCCUUGUCCUGGCUCUGCUCUACUGGUGUUUCGGCCAGUUGUGGUAGAAAGAGCGGCUGGAGCCCCUGGAUGCCGGUCAUCGCAGUGAUGGUCGCCGUGACGGCAGCCGUCCUCUACCCCAACCUCUCCAAGAGCAGCUCCACUUAGGACGGACACACACACACACACACACACACACACACACACACACACACACACACACACACACACACAUACAUAUAUAUAUAUAUAUAUAUACACACACGCACGCACACACACACACACACAGACACAGAGCGCUGUGAGGAGAGCAUCACUGCUUACUUACUUGUAUAAAGUUUAAUUGUACAUAAUUGUAGAGGGAAUAUAAAGGUUGUGGUUUCUACAGAGGAUUCACAUGUUUUUUGGUUUAUUUUGUUUUUUCUUGUGUUUCUUUUUCUGCAGCGAGGAGUUUUGUUGUUUUUAUUCUCGGCUCUCUCUCGCUGUGGGGACUUGUGUUGGAUUUUAUGUUGGGGGGUUUUCUUUUUGUUUUUUGUUUUCGUCUCUCUGCUGAUUUUUUUCAGAGUAACAUAUUGUUCUCUUCGCAAGCCGAACUUCCACACAAACCUGCCUGAAAGUGACGCACACACACAUUUACCCGCGCUCGAUGUUGUAAAUGAAUGAACAGCGCUGAGGUGAAUGUGGCACUUUCCAUCAGUCUCAGUCCAGUCAGGGGAACAUGAUCCACAUUCAUCCCUCGAAACUGAGAAGUCUGAACGUGUUUCGAGAGAUUUCAUUGGCUGCUGGAGGUCUGUUAGCGGCUCCGUGUUCACCUGCUGUGAACUUGGCCGCAGCCCCUCCAACAGUGAUUGAAAUCAGUCUGAAAUUCCUAAAAAAAAACUAGCUCAAAGCGUCCUAAAAAUGCCGUUUUGAGUCGUCUAUCAGUACAUGUCGCUCUCCAAACAAUACAACUAUUUUUGGAUUUGUUGCUGCUGAUAAUUUGGGAGUUUUCAUGCCAAAAACAAAAAGAUUGUCACACUUCUUGUUUUUCUUGUCAGUGUAGAAAGUGUUUUUUUAAACUGAGAUUAAAAUAACAAUAGUGUAAUAAUAAUUAGAAGUGUUGAAUUAAUCCAAAUGUGUUUUGUUGUUGUCGGUUCAGGUGUUGAACGCACAUUUGUUUGGUUCUAUGCACCAUUAAAGCACAACCAAGCAAAAAUAAAUAAACUGCUUUUUGGGUCUUUUUACCUAAUUUUAAGGCUCUGUUGUUUAAGAUGGGGCUCCAGUUUUAAAAACCUUUUAAUAUUUCAGUCAAUAUUAAGCUUACAUGGUGCAUAUUCUUAAACAAUGAUCACACAGUAGAGCUGUCAUUCAGUUUGAAUGUGGGGAGAAAAAUUUAAUAUUCACUCUAUUUUUCUGUUUAAAAUCAAGUAGGGUAAAUUUGACCUAAAGACAUAUUCAGCUUCAUAUAUCGGUAAAAAUACACAGGAAUCCACUUCAGACUUCAUGAUAAUCUGCUUUAUAGUAAAUGCACAUUCAGGAUUUAUCAGCACAGUUUGUGGACCUGAUCUGGAUCAUCAGUCUGCUGGAGAGUUUUCACAUUAAGGAGGUUUUACUGGAAGUCCGCCUCUGCUCUGUUCUGGUUUUUUUAGUCUUACCGUGUUCUAACAUGGUGUUUCUCUACAUUGUUUUUUUUUUUUUUUCUCUCUCUCUUUUCUUUUUUUGGGGGAGAGGUUUGGGGGACGGGGGUUUAAACUUGAAGCCAAAUUAUUAAAAUAAAAAUCUGAUUUAUUUUCUGCGAGGUUUUUUUUUCUUUUCUUUUUUUUCUCUUUUUAAAUCUUAUAUUUGAGGGCACAGAAAACGGGGGUCAAAGUGCCUCUGAUGUAACUAACUAACACCACAGUUUGUGUAUGUGUGCCGACGGACACGCACACAACCCCACACACACACACGCUUGUUUUUUUUUUAUCGGACUGUCAGUGUUAAGAGUACUGGCUUUCUCCAGAGCUUUCAGCCGCUACUCUUAGCCUUCUUCAGUAAAUGAAUGGAGUCAUUUUGAGUUUAGAUUAUUAUUGUCACAGCUUCAUUAUAACAAUCCACAUCAGCUGGAGUUUUACACACAUUAGCAGCUCUGAGGAUGAUGACAGAUGUUUAAAAUUGAAUCCUCAUGAGUUUGCUGAUUUUGUGACUUUUCGUUUAGCGCCAUUAGCACGUUAAAAAUUACAAAAAAAUCCACGUCGUGAUGAAGAAGCUCAAAAACUAACGACUAUUUUUCCAUCAGCUUGUUAACAUGUUAGCGUUAGAUAGCUCAGGAUCAUGAGUGUUUUAUAUAAACUGGAUACUGGACUCAAAUUUGAAUGAAAAUCGCUCGCCUGGCACAUUAGCCCAAAAAAAAAAAACAACAAUUUUCUACUGUAGUUUCCCAGUUUUGCCUCCAUGUCGUGCGGCCUGCUGAAUAUGCACAGCGACGUUUCUAAAAGAUCACUUUUCUAGGCUUGCAGAAAGUUUUAAAAACACGCUUUUUGAGGCCGCAGAAGGAGGGGGGAUUUUUUUAAACUGCAAUACCAUAAGUGGCCACUGGGAGAAAUGGGGGAAGCGAGGCUGAGCGGCGGCGGCGACUGUAUCCAGUUUUAUUAACACAUUCAUGAUCAGGACACUCUCAAAGAAGGGUCUCCAGAUGAUUAUCUUUGUAAGAAAAAAGAAUAUAAACUCUACUACACAAGUUUUUCUCUAAUAUUUGCUUUUUUUCAUGUGAAAUACUGAACAAUUUCACAAUUCAGGCAUUUAAAAUGAGUCUGAGAUGAUAAAAUGACUCUUAAAUUGGAUAGACAUCCCGUUAGGAGGGUCUCGUACAGAUGUUUUAUAUUAAAGGGGGGGUCACAAAGAUUUCAACAGAGUUCAUCUUACACUCGAGAGCCAAGUCUGACGUAAAAGAGUGACUUCACUUCACCUCUCCGACUGCAUCACUGAAGGGUGUCGUCUGGGGUUUGUUUUUUUUUCUCCGCCACACCUUUAACCACACCCUGCAGUGAUGUCACAGUGAUGUCACGGUGUCCUGCAGGUACACCUUUACACCACUGCAGCAAACUUGAGAAAAACAAGAUCUUCAUCAGGCUUCAGUUUCUCUUCUUUUCACUCUCGUCGUCACUCCAACACGACGGCUGCGAGGUCUCAACUCUGAGCUUGUUUUUAUCAUUAAAUUAUUUCAAAGUGUGUGUGGUUGUGUGUGUUGGUGAACACGAGGGGAGGAGUGUGUGCGCGCGUGUGUGUCGAUUCACACUCUGGACUCUUGAGCAACGUUUGUCAUCGUUUGUGUACUCUGUGUCUUGUCUCCGUGUUUAAAAAGAAGAAGAAGAAAAAAAAAUAAAAAAGACAACGAACAAAUAUUCCUGAUGUUUAAAGAGAAACACUACAGUACAGAGAGAAUUGUAAAAUAAAAUGUUAUUGAAUGAUGUGCUACUAGACUUAUUUUGUUAAAAUUGUUUAGAGAUAUGAGAGGGAGCUAUGUAGAGAAUAUGAUGAUGAUGAUGAUGAUGUAUUGGAUAUAUACAGAGCGAUGUUUGGAUUAAAGUUGUAGCAAGCUGACCC